AUGUGGAUUCUCGAGAGUGAGCUGUUUGAUGGCAAAAGGCUCUGGCUGCGGCCUGGUAAGACGUACCUUUUUGGACGUACUGUCGCUGAGGCCGGCCAGCUUACCAUCUCCGACAAGACCGUCUCGCGGAAGCACCUCACCAUCCACAUCGACAAUGUUCCGGAAGGCGGUGGCCGAAACCUCCGGUCGCGGUCGAAUGUCAUAGUCGAGGACCUCGAAUCGAAGAAGGGCACGCUGGUGAACGGCGUCCAGAUCCGGGGGCAGAAGACGACGCUUACCGAGGAUGUUAACGAAAUCAAGCUUGGGUUGUGCCCCAAGACACUGAAGAUCCGGUGGCACCCCAUCGUUCUCAGCUUCUCCUUCACGUCUAAAGAACUCCGCGCCGACCCCUGGACCAACCUACGCGACAGCCUCGAGCAGCUCGAUAUCAAGUACUCAGCUGAGUACGAGCCUACAACCACACACGUUGUUUCCAAAAAGCGAAACACAUCUAAGGGCUUACAAGCCCUGAUCAACGGGCGAUACAUCGUCACAGACAGCUUCAUCAACGCAAUCGUCCAAGCAACAGAAAUCCCCGAAGGCGAGGAGGGCGCGAGCAGCGCACUAGAACAGGACUUUGAGGCCAAUUGGCCCAACCCGCUUGAUCAUUUGCCUCCGAGGGGAGAGGAACCAGGGAAUCAUACGACAGAGACAUACGCUCCAGACGCGCGAAGGCAGGAGGUGUUUGAUGGGUAUACAUUCAUUUUCUACGAGAAAAAGCAGUACGAUAACCUAUUCCCUGCCAUUUCUGCUGGUAAGGGCAAGGCUUUACUUAAAGAGGUUGUCCCUAAUCGGACGAGGGUUGAUGAAUUCGUGCGGUACGUCAAAAGCGUUGCGGGGGAAAAGGGAUUGGGGUCGUUUGAGGAUGGGAGCGAGGGGAAGGGGGUUGUGGUUGUGCGGUAUACCCCGAAAGGGGAGGACUCUGCGUGGUAUGCGGAGUUCUUCACGAAGUUCGCGCAGCAGCUGGACCAUAGACCGAUUGAUCAAAAGGAGUUUUUGGAGGCGAUUCUGGCUUGUGAUGCGUCGAUGUUGAGGAGGCCUUUGGAGGCGAUGAGCCAGCCUGUUUCGGUGUCGGCGUCUGUGGAGCCUCAGAGUAGCGAGAAGGUUAGGCCUGCUGUCGAAGACCGCAAGGAGGUCGAGCAGAGCGCCCCGAAGCAGCUGCAACCUUCGGCAGAGGUCCCUGCGACGGAAGAAUCUGCCCCAGCACCGCACAGACGUGAGAGACGAACUGGUCGCAGCCGGUUUAAGGGGUUCGAUUUUGAUGAUGACGAUAUCAUCAUAGAGACACCGCAAGCACAGUCUUCAACGCAGGUACCAGCGCUCCCCCAGGUCCCGUCUGCGUCACAGGACAGUUUGUUUGUCUCCCAGAGGGAGCCAAGUCUUGCCCCUUCGGAGCCUAUGCUGGAAGAAGAGGCACCUUGCAAUACCCGUACCACUCGUCAGACGCAUCGCAAGCGUGUGUUAUCGCCGCUCCCGGAGCACGAUAAUUCUGCUCUGCUGGACGAGAUCGCGCCAAUAACAGCAGCAGUCAAGCGCCGGCGCAUCGAAGCCGGGCAAGAUCCUGUCCCCCCUCUCCCUGAACCUGAACCCGAGCGAGAAGAUGAAGAUGUUGAAAUGGUCGAGGAAUCGCCCCCUCGCAAGGGCAAGAAGGGCGCUGCAACCACAGCCAAGGGUAAAGGAAAGAAGAUUAAACAAGAGGAUGAAGAAAAUGUCCUCGAAUUAGCCCGGCGCCGCCGCGAAGAAGCCGAAGCCGCAGCAGCCGCCGAACGCCAGCGUCUCGCCCAACUAGGAGACGACGACAUCGACUAUGCGGCCAUCCGCCGGCUGCAUAUCAUCGAAGAGAUUGAAGUUCGUCAACCGGAGCCUCAUGGGCCUAACCGUACCCGGGAGCAGGAUAUUGCGGAUGGGAGGUGGGAUCCGAGAUGGAAUGGAAGGAAGAAUUUCAAGAGGUUUAGGAGGCAGGGCGAGACUGGGGUUAGGAUGCCGGUACAGAGUGUGAUUGUGCCGUUGGAGGAGGUCAGGACGAAGGAGUACGGGAUUGGGGAUGAUUAUUGGCUCGAGGAUGAGGAGGGGAGAGUGCCGAGGCGACCAAAGGAGACGCAGACGCAGGAGCGUUCUACGAUCGGGAGUGUUAGGGAUGGGAGUGGGUUUGCUGCUGCUGCCGCGAGUGGGAAGGGAAAAGAGAAGGAUAAGGAGAACGAGAAGGAGGUUGGGAGGCCAGGUAGUUCAGCAGCAGCAGCAAAGCAGCGUUCAAAACCUGCUCCUCGCCGGACAGUCCUCACCCUCGACAGCAGCGACGAAGAUGAAGACGAACCCUCACCCCACGCACCCGGUAUCGACACCAUCUCCGACUCCGAGCCCGAAGUCGUUUCCUCCUUCCCCUCUGUCAUCCCCGCAUCCGAGCCGUCCCGCAGCCGUGCCGCAAAAGCAGCCGAGAGAGCCAAUGCCUUACGUUCAAGCGCACACAGCUCUCAAUCCCAGACCCAGCAACACCGCGAAUCCCAACUCUCGACCGGCUCUUCCAAGAUCCAGCUUACCCUCGCCCCUGGCUCAUCCUCCCUGUCCUUCUCCAGAUCUGGUACGGCGGCGGGAAGGAAUGAAAAUGGGAAGAGGCCUUUUGGGUCAUUUGUCAGUGGGGAGUCAACUGCCUCUGGGAGGGGGAUGUCUGUGGAGAGUGGGAGUGUUAGGGGGGAGAGUGCGAGUAAGAGGCAGAAGCAAGGGUCGUCGGGAGGAGGAAGUUUCUUGGCGACGAGGAGGAAGGAUGAUGGGAGUGAGGAGGAGAGCGAGGAUGAUGAGCUGAAGUUUAGGUUUGGGAGGAGGAGGUAA